AAUUUUCACCCAUUGCGCUACCCCUGUACGGUGUAGUCUCGCUUCGCAAGCAUUGUUACGGAUCCGCUUUGUCCAAACGCAAGAGGAAAAUCCACAGCUUUCCCAAACCCAGAGAUCUCCCCUAACGGUCGACUUUUGAGCUUUAUCUUCCUCUACGAGCCCAUGACUCUCACACGCAUUUUGUCGAAUUACAGGGCCUAAAAAGCUUUAAUGAAUCAAGUUCCUCAUUGCCUUUCACAAAGAAGCUGCGCAGAGAAAUGAUCCUGCCAGUCGUGAAGUUGGGAACCCUCGCUCUCAAAACCUUCUGUAAACCCAUUGCCAAUCGACUUAAGAAGGAGGCCAGUUUGCACCCCAAGUUCAGGCAGUUCAUUAUUAACAUUGCCCAGGCAAAUCAUCGAUUCACAACAAAAACACAAAGACGUAUUUAUGGUCACACAAUUGAUGCUGAAAUACGCCCACUUAAUGCGGAGAAAGCUGUUCAAGCUGCUGCAGAUCUUCUUGGGGAGCUCUUUGUCUUCACGGUUGCUGGUGGUGCUGUUAUUUUUGAGGUGCAAAGAAGUUCUAGAUCUGAGGCAAGAAAGGAGGAAUUGCGCAGGCAGGAAUUGCAGGCAAUGAAGCAAAGAGAUGAAGAUUUGGCUAAAGAGGUUGAGCUUCUUAGACAAAAGAUCGAAGAACUGGAACAACUUGCCAAGGGACGAGGACUUACCGGUAUUUUUCACAUCAGGCACGCUCACACCAAUGAAGAUGGAAAGCUGAAAAACACAUGAACGCUGUAAAUAUCAGGAGGGGUACAGGGUUAAGUAUAUACUAGUAAGCGUCAAUUGACCUAAGUUUACCAUGUUCAUCUUUCAAUCUAUCUAUUCACCCUCCCCUAUGCUUUAAUUUGAUGGUAGUUAUAGUGUGGAUACAUGAUUUGAUAAAUAAAUAAUAGAAUAAAAUAAACCUCAUUUAACAAUCA